AUGAUAAAGAGUGAGAAAGAACCUGUAGGGAAGGGUAAUUCUGAUGUGAAUUUUGGUGUUUCUCGUUUUAAAGAUGUUCCCCCUUUCCUUUUUCGAUUUGCUAAUGCUAUGAAAGAAGCUAUGGACAAUGAAAUUCUUGAGACUUUUAGAAAAGUUAAAGUUAAUAUUCCUCUUCUUAAUGAAAUUAAGCAAGUACCACGCACUAAUAAAAGACAAUUUCGCUCUUCUAAAAAGGUGAGUAUGGGGGAAAAUAUUUCAGCUGUAAUUCAAAAGAAAUUUCCCCCUAUAUGUAAGGAUCCUGGCAUGUUUUCUAUUCCAUGUAAAUUUGGUAAUUCUAUUUUUGAAAGAUGCAUGCUAGACUUAGGUGCUUCAAUCAAUGUCAUGCCUAAAUCUGUAUAUGAUACUUUGAAUGUGGGUACUUUGUCUAAAACUAAUGUUGUUAUCCAAUUAGCUGAUAGAUCUAAUGCAUUUCCUAUGGGAGUUUUGGAAGAUGGUUGUUCAAGUGAAUGA